AUGGCAGAUGAACUCCCGUUAUGGUUCCCACCCAUGAGUAGCGACGAUUCAUCCCAUAGUAGCAUUCUUUUUUUUCAAAAUCUCAUCGAAGAAGCCGAACUUCAAGACACGGGCAUAUCUAACCGAAGGAGAUAUAUUGAACGUCAACGUGAGGAGGGGCAUGACACACUCAUGGCGGAUUAUUUUGUCAAAGACCCAAAGUACAACGAAGAUAUCUUUCGGCAUAGGUUCCAGAACCACCCGUGGUUUGAAGAGGCCCCCGAUGCACGAGGUAGGAAGGGCUUUACGCCGUUGCAAAAGGUGACAUUGGCUAUUAAACAGCUCGCAACUGGUAACACUCCAGACGAGAACGACGAGUACUUGCAUAUGGCCGAAAGAACUUCCCGCGAGUGCCUAGAAUAUUUUUGCGACACGGUUUGCAAAAUAUACGCUCCCGAGUUCUUGCGUAGACCGACAAGCCACGACAUGGCACUUAUAUACCAAGCUCAUGAGGAAAAACAUCACCUUCCAGAGUAUCGAGGCCAAUAUAUGCGAGGAGAUCACCGAUACCCGACUGUUAUGCUAGAAGUGGUUGCUUCUCAAGACUUAUGGUUUUGGCAUGCUUUUGCCGGUCCACCGGGUUCUCAAAACGAUAUCAAUGUGCUAUAA